UUACUGCUCGCGCUGUUGACCGCUUUCGCGUAAACAUAUCCCCAUUGAAAUCGGCAUAAAUAUCCAUGUCAGACCUGUACCCAAUCGCUAUCCUUAUAGAUGAACUCAAAUCGGAGGAUGUGUCGCUUCGUUUGAAUGCUAUUCGUAGACUAUCAACGAUCGCGCUCGCCCUGGGUACACAGCGAGCACGCGAUGAUCUCAUCCCAUUUCUUCAAGACUCCCUCGAUGAUGAAGAUGAAGUUCUGCUGGCGCUGGCCGAUGAACUUGGGAAAGGAUUCGAUGAAUACCUUGGCGGGCCGCAGUACGCUCAUCUUUUAUUGGGUCCGUUAGAGAAUCUGGCCGCUGUCGAAGAGACACUCGUUCGUGACAAGGCUGCUGAAUCAAUUACCAAAAUAGUGGGCGUGCUCUCGCCAGACCAAACGGAACGUUUUGCUGUGCCGCUUGUUCGCAAACUCGCCACUGGGGAAUGGUUCACCUCACGGAUCUCAUCAGCAUCAUUGCUCCCCCCAGUGUAUCCUAAGGCAUCUCCAACCAGUCAAGAUGAGAUAAGAAGGUUGUUUGUAUCCAUCGCCCAAGAUGAUACCCCGAUGGUGAGAAGGGCGGCUGCAAAGCACCUAGCGGCAUUUUCGAAGGUCAUAACAAAAGACCAUGUGCUCAGUGAUGCGCUUCAAAUAUACAACCGGCUCUCUGCAGAUGAACAAGAUUCUGUUCGUUUGUUGACUGUGGAAGACCUGAUAGCGAUCGCCCAGCAAAUGACACACAUCCAAGUCAAGGAGUAUUUGCUUCCAUCCAUACGGCAAACGUAUCAAGAUAAAAGUUGGCGAGUGAGAUACAUGGUAGCUAAUACAUUCGUGCAACUCGCUGAAUGUGUUGGGCAAGACAUUGUUCGCGAUGAAUUAGUGUCCGCCUAUGCUCAGCUGCUAAAAGAUAAUGAGGCUGAAGUGCGAACUGCGGCCGCCGGACAAAUACCGGGAUUCGCAAAACUCCUGACCCCUGAUAUCAUCCUCUCUCGACUCCUUGCCUACAUUCGGGAUCUCUCCACCGAUCAAUCCCAGCAUGUGCGAGCUGCACUAGGUGGGCAGAUUACUGGACUCGCCCCUCUCCUGGGAAAAGACUCCACUAUAGAACAUCUCCUUCCCCUCUUCUUACACCUCCUAAAGGACGAAUUCCCCGAUGUCAGAUUGAACAUAAUCAGCAAGUUGGAUCAAGUCAACAGUGUCAUCGGAAUCGAACUUCUCUCCCAAUCCCUUCUCCCUGCAAUCGUGGACCUUGCCGAGGACAAACAGUGGCGCGUCCGCCAAGCCAUAAUCGAAUAUAUCCCUCUUCUUGCCACCCAGCUAGGUGUGCAAUUCUUCGACGAGCAGUUGGGAACGUUAUGUAUGUCGUGGCUCGGCGACAACGUCUUCAGUAUUAGAGAAGCCGCCACCGUUAACCUUAAACGACUGACUGAAGCGUUCGGAGCAGACUGGGCGAAGAACACUAUUGUGCCGAAGGUUCUUCAGAUGGCGAAUCAUCCAAAUUACCUCUACCGCAUGACCACCGUCUUCGCGAUCACCACUAUCGCCCCAACCCUCAAACCCGAUGUUGUUCAAGGGCCGGUUUUGCAGACGAUGUUGACGUUGGUUGACGAUCCUAUUCCGAACAUUAGAUUUAACGUUGCGAAGUCCCUGCAGGUACUUGCCCACGUAAUGUUAGAAGCCGGGGCUCUGGGACAGGACGUCAUUCAUCGAAUUAUUAUACCUGCGGUUGAGGCCUUAAAACAAGAUUCCGAUGCGGAUGUUCGGUACUUCGCGUCCCGCGCUCUAGAGAACACCCUCGGACUCGAAACUAUCGCGACGUAAUUUCUUGCGAUACACAUCCUCACUUUGCAUUCCGCAUCGUCGAUACUUCUCAUCCUACCCUCUCUGUCUCGACGAGAACAAUACCAGCUCCGGUCCAUUAUUUAUUUAGCAAAUAAAAG